UUUCCGGUGGCGGCGGACACUUCCCGCGGAGGGACCGUCCCGUGGCACCUGGUGGGCCGAGGGGGACGCGGCGGGCCAGGAGCGGCGGCGAUGGCCGACCACAGUCUGGACGAGUUCCGCCGGCACUGGCAGGAGGAGCUGGCGCAGGCCCAGGCGCUGAGGAAGCGGCGGCGGCCCGAGGCUGCCGAGCGACGGCCGUGGCGGCCCGAGGUGGUCCCUGGGCGCGGUGAGCAGCAGGCCUCGGGGUACCUGGCGCUGGCCCAGGGCCUUUUGGAGGGCGCGGGGCGGCCCCCGGCGGCGCGGGCGACCCGGGCCGAGAGGCAGGAGGCGGCGAGCCGUUCCCGCUCCCCUCCGGCCCGCGAGGCUGCCGGCGGCGGGGAGCAGCUGGUGGAUCAGCUCAUCCGGGACCUGAAUGAAAUGGAUGACGUGCCCUUCUUUGAUAUCCAACUGCCGUACGAGUUGGCAAUCAAUAUAUUUCAGUAUCUGGACAGAAAAGAACUAGGAAGGUGUGCGCAGGUGAGCAAGACGUGGAAGGUGAUUGCAGAAGAUGAAGUACUCUGGUACCGGCUGUGCCAGCAGGAAGGGCACCUUCCCGAGAGCAGCAUCUCCGAUUAUUCUUGCUGGAAGCUCAUCUUCCAAGAGUGCCGAGCCAAGGAACACAUGUUAAGAACCAACUGGAAGAAUCGCAAAGGCGCCGUGAGUGAGCUGGAACACAUUCCUGAUGCGGUUUUAUGUGAUGUGCAUUCUCACGAUGGUGUUGUCAUUGCUGGAUAUACAUCAGGGGACGUGAGGGUGUGGGACACCCGCACCUGGGACUACACAGCCCCAUUCCUGGAAUCGGACUACGAGGAGGAUGAGCCUGGAAUGCAGCCAUAUGUCUCCUUUGUGAGGAUAAACAGCUCGCUGGCGGUAGCGGCUUAUGAGGAUGGAUUUCUUAAUAUUUGGGAUCUAAGGACUGGAAGGUAUCCUAUUCAUCGUUUUGAGCAUGAUGCAAGAAUACAAGCACUAGCCCUCAGCCAGGAAGAUGCAACUGUUGCCACAGCUUCUGCUUUUGAUGUCGUAAUGUUACGCCCCAAUGAGGAGGGAUAUUGGCAAAUAGCUGCAGAAUUUGAAGUUCAGAAACUGGUUGACUACCUUGAAAUAGUUCCAGAUACUGGAAGGUAUCCUGUGGCCGUAGCCACUGCUGGAGAUCUGGUAUACCUGCUAAAAGCCGAAGACUCUGCCAGAACCCUCCAUUAUGUCUACGGGCAGCCUGUCACAUGUCUAGAUGUCUCCUCCAACCAGGCUGCUUUUGGUGUGAAGAGUCUGGGAUGGGUGUACGAAGGAAACAAGAUCCUGGUGUAUAGCCUGGAAGCAGAACGCUGCCUCUCGAAGCUGGGCAACGCGCUUGGCGACUUCACCUGCGUCAACCUCCGGGACAGCCCUCCCAAUCUCAUGGUCAGUGGCAACAUGGACAGGAGGGUGAGGAUCCACGACCUCCGCACUGACACGAUCGCCCUGUCCAUCUCUGCCCACCAGCUCGGAGUCUCUUCAGUCCAGAUGGACGACUGGAAGAUUGUCAGUGGGGGCGAGGAGGGCCUGGUCUCCGUGUGGGAUUAUCGGAUGAACCAGAAGCUGUGGGAGGUGCACUCCAGACACCCCGUGCGGCACAUCUCCUUCAACUGCCACAGCCUCAUCACGGCCCACGUGCCCUACGAGAGGGUGGUGCGCAACGCCGACCUGGACAACUUCGUCACCCACCGGAGACACCGGGGGCUGAUCCAGGCCUACGAGUUUGCAGUGGACCGGCUGGCCUUUCAGAGCACUGUGCCCAUCUGCCGUUCGUCCUGCGACACCAUACCGGGUUACAACUAUGACCUGGUGCUUGCUUUUCCCUGUGACAACAGUUAGAGAACUGUCUCAUUUGGGAGCUGGGAGAAACAUGGGAAGAACCAAUUCUGUGUAUUUUAGAACUACAGAGGAGCACCUCACUAGGUUUUAAGUGUUGGGGGAAAAAAGCAACUGCAGGGCGCGCUUAUGUGACCCCCACAUCUUCCUCUACUGCCUUUGCUUUUCUCCUUUGCCAAUUCAUUUUUCUCCAGCUGCGUUUGUCAGGGCUCGUUUCAUCUUACUCUGUUCUCACUCUCACUCAGGGCUUUCAGUACCACACACUGAUGGCUCAGAUUUGUACCUCCUUCCCCCACGCUCCUCCACCGCAGCCCUGCAUCUGCUCCCCACCUGUCUCAGGAGUGUCGCCCGGGCCCAAGCUGGGACCUCCCCACAUCGUUCUGUACACUACACACAGCCCUUGCUCCAGCUCUGAGAAAGGCCCUUCUGCACCCCUGCUCAUCCUCUUUCCUGUCUCCAAACCCUUGCUUCUUUGGGGGCCUUUGGACAUGCUAGUCUCUGAGCCCUUGGAUCUGGAUCUGAGACCAUCUCUGGGUCGUCUUCUCUGACACCAUCACCCAACCUGGGAGAGCAGUGCUUUUUCCUGGUAGAUUUUAACAUGGUUAUAAUUAUAUAUUUAUACAACUACUUCAUUAAUAACUGUUUUGCUGACUAUUGUGUCUGCAAUGCACGAUACAAAGUAGACACUUUCUACACCGUAAACACCCAUCCUCCGCGUGGGGUGGAAGGUGAUGGGUUCUGGAGUAGAGACUGAGAAGGGGAGAACGCAGAGGGACCAUUACGUUCAACCACCGAGCUAACACGGGGCAGCACGAGAGGCCGCUUCCGUGUGAUAACUAGCUUCCGUUUCCAAGGAUUAAGAGGGCAAAGCCUUGCGUUACUCACGAUUUAGACUGUUGUGAGCAGCAGCCGCCGUCUACUGUACCUUCAAAACAGCAAAGCAGAAAACUGACAACUACUCAGAGAAACAAAAUCCAUGCCCAUGCUGGGUGAUGCGGCGGAUUUACUUAAUUUAUAAGCGUGACACGAUGGAUGUAGGUAGGAUUCUGUCCCUUUUCAAAUACCCACAAAACAUGCAUAAAAAAUGACCAUGUAUGAAGGCCACAAGGAAGAUCUCAGAUUAUACAAAGAGCAAUACCAGACAGGUCCAAUCCGGUGCCCCCAGUCCCAGUGUGGUACGAUUAGAAAUCAACAAAAAGCUAAACAAAAACAUACACCUGGAAGCCCCAGGCACUCCUGAAUUAACUUGGUUUUAAACAGGGAAAGAAAAAUGGAAAAUAGAAACUCUCCAGACCAGGGUAAUAGUGGAAGCACUGAACACCAAGACCCAGGGGACGAGGCCCGAAUGGGCGGGGAGACGUCAUGACUUUAUAGAAAAUAAGACAGAAAAACAAAGUAGAAAGAAGGAGUUAAAUCCUUCUUUAAAGGAGUUAAAAAAGGAUAAAAAUACUUUAAUGAACUAGAAAACCAACAAAUAGUGAAGUUGAUCAUAAAGCAAAGCGGAAAGCAGGUUUUUGGAAAGACAAAAUAUACGACUCUUGAUAAAGGAAAAAAAAGGCACAAGGGCCAAACCGAGUAUUUUCAGCAUGGGAAUCGCUUCCUCACUUCCCCCCGAUCCAAGAGCGAAGUGAAGCUUUCCUGUUGUUCACAAGCGUACGCAGUUGGGAAAUGCACCACUACGCAGAGUCCUACAACUUUUUGAGUCGUGAGGGUUUUGGAAGGUUUUUCAAAUUAAGAUCCUCAGUCAUAAAAAAAUCCACAUCCAACUAGACAGAGCCACAUAGAGAGCCGCGACCGGGAACCAUCCCCUCAGUCCCGAGAGCACUGCUUUCCUUCAGGCUGCCUUCCCCGGAAGGCAGCUGUGUCAGGAGGGUUUUCUGCUUCCUUUCAGAAAACCCAGUUACUUCAUAAACGAAGCCAACGUGCAGUGGGCAAAUGGAGUACGUACUUUAUUUACGCUCGCUGCCUUGUGCUGCUCUGACCCCCUAGUGACCUCGCUUUGUACGGUUUUCACCUCUCACAGUCUUAAUGCAACUGGACCACUGCGGAAAGUUUAUUUUUCCUUUCAAGAAGUAGCCCCUUCCAGUCUCAUUUCACAGUUCAUUUUGCAGAUACAUUCUCCCUCCUAGCUUUGCAGGAAUUAAGAGUAAUGGAAGAGUUCAAAAGAAAUUCGACCCAGAAAAAUUUUACUGAAAGUAAAAACAGUUUUAAACUACUUUCAUUCACUGCCAACUGCUGGUCCAGUGUAAAUGUUACAAGCAUGGGGUUUUUCCUCCCAGCCUGUUGAUAACAUCUCCCAUUCACGGAAACCACCUGGGUUUUGUGAAGGAGGUUUAUCGGACCCAAAUAAUCUCCAAGCACACCACGUUCAGUCAGUGUUUUUUGCUUUAAACCUUACAUUCUGGAAGAAAUAGCCUGAUGGGGAAAGGAUCAAAGUUCCUUUAUGAACCAACAUUUACCAGUGGCUUAAAAAAAUCUUGGCCCAUGUCCACCCCCAUCUGCUCAUCCCAUCUUACCUUGGUCUCCGUUGGCUAUUUUGUGGGAGCUUCUCUGCAAGUUCUGACUUCUUAGUUGACUUAUCGUCUCCUUUUCUUCUGUAUCUCUUCUGCUUUUCAAACUCGGGCCCCAUGUCUCCCCUAAAGACAGAAGAGACUCAGCUAUGCCGCUGGGGGAGCCAGAGGGCCAGACACCAGAAAUCUCUGCCCUGUCUUAAAACAUUGUAUGACUUUGUUUUCUGCUUUAUAACAUGUCCAUGUUGGUUCUAGUAUUAAAUUUUUUAAAUGUA